UUGUCCUCGUUUUCUUUUCAGAACAGAUGAAAGCUGCGGUUAGCUCUACUUUUUCCAUUAUCUGGAGAUUAGUCUGCUAAUGGUUUGGCGAAAGAUACAUUUUUUAGUUAGACCAUAUUUGUGAUAUGACUCGAUAUCGUCGAACGGAGAUGUACAUGUUCACAUCACUGCUCCUCAUCUUCCUUGCAUCACCGAUACUGUCGUAUGAGGAGAACUCAACCUGUCCAGCACGUUGCGACUGCUCUGGGAUGACUAACACAAUUUCUUGCGAAGACAUAGAUGUUAUCCCAAGUUUCCCAGUAAACACAGAGAUAAUAUGGCUAUAUGAGACGCAGCUGAAAUCAGUCCCAGAAGACGCCUUUGUCCAGCUGGUGAACAUUUCCAAAAUACAUAUAUCUGUGGAUGUUACAUUGGAAAGACUGGAGAGGCAUUCCUUUCACAACCUGAGGAAAAUCACUCAUAUAGAAAUACGGAACACGAGAAGUCUGACGUUCAUCGACCCUGAGGCCUUUGAAAGUCUCCCAGACUUAAAUUAUUUGGGAUUAUUUAACACAGGUCUCAUAAGCUUCCCUGAUCUUAACAAGAUUCAUUCUGAUUCCAUUAUGGACUUUAUUCUAGAACUUGCUGAUCAUCCAUACAUCACGACAAUUCCAGCCAAUUCAUUCAGUGGCAUAACCAACAAAAUGCUGACAGUGAUGCUCUACAACAACGGCUUCUCAGAAAUCCAAAGCCAUGCUUUCAACGGCACCCAGCUCGACAUUGUAGACCUACACAGAAAUAAAUAUCUAACGAUGCUGGACGAGAGGAUGUUCGCCGGCGUCAUCAGCGGGCCCAUGUCUCUAGACAUCUCAGAGACAAGUGCGGCGUCCCUGCCGAGCAAAGGCCUGGAGUCGUUACGGGAACUUAAAGCCCAGUACGUGUGGGCCCUCAAAAAACUCCCUCCCAUCAAGACCUUCCGACAGCUAACAAGCGCCGACCUGACUUAUCCCAGCCACUGCUGCGGCUUCAAGAACCUCAAGAAAAAAAGAGGAUAUCUUGAAUACAUAAUUUGCAACUUGACCGCUCUCUAUGAACAGCACCAUAAGAGAUCUGUCGGGCCGCUACGCAUCCCGACCCUACAAGGUCACACGGACGAGGAUAGCGACCCUGGGGACGGCAUCUUCAAGGACGCCGCUGACUACCGCGACUUCCACCUCAGCCCACACUACCACGCCUACUACUUUGGCGGGCAGCACGACGACGACGUGGGCUUUGGCGAGACACUCAAGAACCCACAGGAGGACACCAGUCACUACUUCGAAAGCCGCUACGACUACGUGAUGUGCGAGGACGGCGAGGAGGUGGACUGCCGCCCGGCGCCGGACGAGUUCAACCCCUGCGAGGACAUCAUGGGCAUGGGCUUCCUGCGUGUGUCCGUCUGGUUCGUCAGCCUGCUUGCCAUCCUGGGCAACCUGCUGGUGCUGCUGGUGCUCCUGACCAGCCAUUACAAGCUGUCCGUAUCGCGCUUCCUCAUGUGCCACCUGGCCUUCGCCGAUCUGUGCAUGGGCAUCUACCUGCUGCUCAUUGCCUCCGUGGACCUGCACACGCGAUCCGAGUACUACAACCACGCCAUCGACUGGCAGACGGGGCCCGGGUGCGGCCUGGCGGGCUUCUUUACGGUCUUCGCCAGCGAGCUGUCGGUCUACACGCUCACCACCAUCACGCUGGAGCGCUGGCACGCCAUCACUUUCGCCAUGCGGCUGGACCGCAAGCUGCGGUUGUCCCACGCCGCCGCCGUCAUGCUGGGCGGCUGGCUUUUCUGCCUUGUGCUAGCGCUGCUCCCGCUGGUGGGCGUCAGUAGCUACCAGAAGGUGAGCAUCUGCCUGCCCAUGGACAUGCAGUCGCUGGUGGACCAGGUGUACAUUGUCUCCGUGCUGGUGCUCAACAUCGUGGCCUUCCUGGUGAUCUGCGCCUGCUAUGUCAAGAUCUACUGCACCGUGCACAACCCCAACUACCUCUCCGCCAGCAAGGACACCAAUAUCGCCAAGCGCAUGGCCGUGCUCAUCUUCACCGACUUCCUGUGCAUGGCGCCGAUAUCGUUCUACGCCAUGUCGGCAGUGCUGGACCGCCCUCUCAUCACCGUGUCCAACUCCAAGAUCCUGCUGGUGCUCUUCUACCCGCUCAACUCGUGCGCCAACCCGUUCCUCUACGCCAUCUUCACCAAGGCGUUCCGCGGCGACAUCUUCAUCCUGCUCAGCAAGGUGGGGCUCUGCGAGCGGCAGGCCCAGCUGUUCCGUGGUCAGACCGUCUCCUCUAAGGGCAGCAGCGGCGGACACAGUCGGCGCGAGCGGAAAGGUCCGGAAGAGACGCCAAUACACUUGCAUGAGUGCUCCGGCCACACCUACUUGCCACCUGUGCAGCAGGUGACGGCCAAGGAGGAAAACGGCGAGAGGAAGAUGCAUGAAACCUUGCGGGACUCAAGGAUACCAGAGUAGAAUGGCAAAUUGAACCAUAGCAUCAGGGGUUAGUCACAGGUUCCCUUGCAUCUCUCAAUGUUUCCCAUUCCCAAACUAAGACAGAGUCAGAGUAUUAAGUGUCUGUAUAAAGUUAGUCUGUUUGCAAAUCAGUCCUCUGUGUUGGUUUUGUGUACUGUAUUUAUUACUUUAAAUAGUAUGACAUAGCUGUUUAUGUGGUAGCUUAUUUAAUAAUGCGUUGAAAGCAUUUAUAUCAAGCAGGAUUAUAUUGAUGCAGGGUCAUACAGUUUGAUCGAGAAUUUAUUAAAUGUGUAGCUGGAGCCUAAUUCUGUUAACUCCUGACAACAAGUGUACCAUAUAACUGACUUCUGAAUGUCUUUGGAGAAUGUUGUACUAAAUGAAAAAGAGAAAGAGAUGGAUAUGCCCACUGACUUGCUUAACAGAUGUUUGUUAUAGCACAUAAAAAUAGUUUCAGAACUCAGUAACUGUAACUAUUGGGACAUGAGGUAGCUCAAUGUAGACAUUACAUUUGUGAUGUUCUUACACCUGUAUAGCCAACAUGACAAAG